AUGGAUUCCAAAACCAUUUGCCUGUUUUUCCUCUUUGUGUUAGCUGCCAUUUCCUCUCUAACCGAGUCCCGAAAAUCAUUCCAAGAAGCCUCCCUGCUAGCGAGACAGCACGACGAGUGGAUGGGGCAGUAUGGCCGCGUCUAUGAGAAUGAUGUUGAGAGGCAGGAGCGUUUCAACAUAUUCAAGGAAAACAUAGCCCAUAUCGAAUCGUUCAAUAGAGCCGCGGACAAGCCUUACAAACUCGGAGUCAAUCAGUUUGCAGACCUCACUAACGAAGAGUUCAAGGCGAGAAACGGGUACAGAACACGUCUCGAAUCCAAAGUAACGUCGAAAUCCUUGUUCAAGUACAAAAACAAUUCGUUUAUACCAUCGAAAGUGGAUUGGAGAAAUGAAGGCGUUGUCACGCCAGUCAAGAACCAAGGAACUUGUGGGUGUUGUUGGGCAUUCAGCGCUGUGGCAGCAAUGGAAGGAAUCACUAUGAUAAAAACAGGACAAUUGAUGAGCUUAUCAGAGCAAGAGCUGAUUGAUUGCGACGUAAACGGGCCAAACAAAGGUUGUCGUGGCGGUUACAUGAACAGCGCAUUCGACUUCAUCCAGAAUAACGACGGUCUAACUACAGAAUCAAACUACCCAUAUGUAGAAUCCAGUGGAACCUGCAACAACUUAAAUUUGGUUUCCGCAGCCACCAUAACGGGCCACGAAGAUGUUCCAACCAACGACGAGAAGGCAUUGCAGAAAGCGGUGGCGAAACAACCGGUCUCUGUGGCAAUGGACGCUGGAAACUCGAACUUCAGGUUCUAUUCGAGCGGUGUCUACACAGGGGAGUGUGGAACGGAUCUGAACCACGCGGUUACAGCCGUGGGCUAUGGAGUAGACGAUAAUGGGACCAAAUACUGGCUGAUCAAGAACUCGUGGGGAACCAGUUGGGGAGAGGAAGGCUACAUUAGAAUGGAACGUUUCAUUGAGGCUAAAGAAGGGCUCUGUGGAAUAGCAAUGAUUGCUUCCUAUCCGACAGCUUGA